UUCAACAGUCGCAACUUCUUUCAUACCAUCAUCAACAACCAUAAAGAUAUUUUCUGUGAUAUCGAACUCACUACUACUCUAACUCAAUAAAUCGUCUUUGACCAACAAAUAAAUCUUCAAAAUGGAUCGCAUCAAGGAAGUGAGUAACAUGAUCAGAACUAACCCCGCCAUUUGUCCAUCAAAGCUGCGAAAUUCUCCUUUCCAUCAGGACAUGGCCGCCGGUACUGUUUUGGAAUGGUUCUGAAAGAAGAAUGCUGAUUUUGCUUUUCAUAGAAAAUGAACACCCUCCGCAUCGAGGCCGAUGAAGCUACCGCAAAGGUUCAGGAGCUUCAGGAAAAAGUCAAGGCUCUCGAGCAAGAGAACCUCCAGAAGGAGCAAGAGAUCACAUCCCUUACACAUAAGAACAACUUGUUGGAAGGCGAAGUUGAGAAGUUAGAGAGCGGGAUCAAAGAGGCCAAGGCUGUGGCAGAAGAAGGCACUGCACACGGUACACAGAACGAGACUCUUCAACGAAGAUUACAACUCUUGGAGGAGGAAGCCGAGGAAGCCGACAAGAACCUCCGCGAGACAAACGAAAAGUAAGUGAUAAAUUCUUGGAUUUCUACAAGAAUAGGGGGUUUGAUUCAUAAGUUUUGCACAUCUGGCACAUCUUCAUAUCCACAGAAACAUAAGCUGACUUUGAUCUGUCUCAAGACUCCGUCAAACCGAUGUCAAGGCCGGCCACUUCGAACGCAAGGUCCAGGCUCUCGAGCAAGACCGUGAUCAGUGGGAGGCAAAGUUUGAGGAGAUGGCUAAGAAGUAUGCUACUGCACAAAAGGAAUUGGACGACUUCCAAGCGGAGAUUGGCAACAUUUAAAUUGGUUUUUGUUUUACAGUGGACAUUCUGUUCUAGAGUUUUUUAGGUGCAUGGUUGCCGAAUAAUUGCAGUUAAGCCUCGUAUGCGCUGGCGGUGGUACGCUGUUUUUACAUGAUUUGCUUCUUGAUCCAUAUCGAAGUCACAUACCAAAUAUUACUGCGAGUUCUGAUUGUGAAUUUGUUUAUAGAUUCCCUUUAAUUAUUACCUCUUCGC